AUGGUGAGAGAAUCACUUCUUGAUCAACAACAGCAAGAAUCAUCUUCUUCCCAUGAUUCUUCCUUGCCUACAUCUCUUCUCAGAAAAUUGUAUAUUGGCCACUUCUUAGGAAGAUGGGAUGCCAGAAUGUGGGAAUUCUCUGUUGGUUUGUACAUGAUCACUCUUUGGCCGGAUUCUUUAAUCCUUCCUGCUAUGUACGGUGCAAUUGAAUCUGCUUCUAUUGCAUUGUUUGGUUCCAUCAUUGGACAAUGGGUGGAAAAGUUGACUUAUGUUAAGGUUCUCCGAAUUUGGUUGGUCACCCAGAAUCUGUCCUUUAUAAUAGCCGGUGGCACAGUAAUUGCAUUACUGUUCUAUCCAAACUUGAAGUCGACAAAUUUCACAGCAUUCAUCUUUCUUGUGAUAUUAACCAACAUCUCUGGAGCUGUUGGGGUGCUUUCCUCUCUUGCCGGUACCAUCUUAAUAGAAAGAGAAUGGGUGGUGGUGAUAUCAGAGGGGCAUAUGCCCGGUGAACUAACAAAGAUUAAUUCAAUUAUCAGACGAAUCGAUUUAACCUGCAAGCUGCUUGCUCCUGUUAUUAGUGGCUUCAUCAUGACCUUUGUAUCAGUUAAAGCCUCUGCUAUGACUUUAGCAAUGUGGAACACUAUAGCAGUGUGGCUGGAAUAUUGGCUUUUCACAUCUGUAUAUUAUGGCAUUCCAGCUUUAGCUGAAAGUAGCCAAAGGAGGAGUUCGCGACUUUCACCAAGUGAGAUAAAAGAAAUCGAAUCUACUUCUUCAGAAAGAGGGAGCUUUAUAUCUCCAAGUGGAGAAAAUUCAGCUUCGGUGGAUUUAGGAUGGACAAGGGGAUCAACUCAAUAUUUUUCGAAGGUUCCUUUUGUCGGUGCUUGGCUCGUGUAUUUACAGCAAGAUGUUCUGCUCCCUGGAGUAGCUCUGGCCUUGUUAUAUUUCACGGUGCUUAGCUUUGGUACCUUGAUGACAGCUACCUUGGAAUGGGAAGGUAUACCUGCAUAUGUGAUUGGAAUAGCACGUGGAAUAAGUGCUAUAAUUGGAAUAGCCGCAACAGUUGUGUACCCACUCUUACAAUCUCGUAUUUCAAUUCUCAGAACAGGACUUUGGUCAAUCUGGUCUCAGUGGACCUGCCUUCUAGUAUGCAUUGCUUCAAUAUGGGUUCAAAAUCAUCUUUCUUCAGCAUACAUGCUGAUGGCUGGAGUAGCUACGUCUAGGCUCGGCUUAUGGAUGUUCGACUUGUCUGUAAUCCAACAAAUGCAGGAUCAAGUUCCUGAGUCUGAUCGUUGCAUUGUGGGAGGUGUUCAGAAUUCUCUCCAGUCUACUAUGGACUUGUUGGGUUAUGUUAUGGGCAUAAUUAUCUCCAACCCUCAGGAUUUCUGGGAGUUGAUCAUAUUAUCCUUUUUGGCGGUAACAGUUGCUGCAUUACUUUACAGCAUACAUCUAUAUCGAGUUCGAAAGCACCUUUUUCACUUCGAGAAGUUGUUUACAUCGGUGAAAUGGGUGAUCAUAUCACCGUCCUCAGAAAAUUUACUGGAAUCAGAUCUACCUAGACAGAAGAAAGCAAAGAAGGAUGAUAGUUUGGCUAAUGGUCUGCCACAGGCUGUGUUAUGUAAACCUGACUGGGUUAGAUUCAAUCUUGGGGUCUUCAAUUCUUUUAUGGGAAAAUCUCUUUCUAAAAUAUCCAUACAGCUAGUUAAUCAUCACUCAAAAAAACAUCUAAAACCCACAAAACAAGCAAAACCCACAUCAAGAAUUCAACAGUUAACGAAGAUGGAGACCAGUUCUGAUUUAGACAAGAGCAGCAGCAGCAGCAACGGUAGUGGUAACUGCAACAGCACACGUUUGCCUUUAUCAGUGGUUGUGUCUGAUUGUAUUAAGAGGUGUUUUAAAGACGCACUCAAAGAAGCCAAAGCAGGAGAUGUUAAUAUGCAAGUUUUGGUUGGUCAAAUGUAUUAUAGUGUUGAUGAUGAAUUUGAGAGAAUGGUUGUUUGGUGUAUGUUUUUUGGGAUUGUAGGGAAGAAUUUGGAUGACAAGAGCAUCAAGGACUCGGUCUUGGGGUUGGGAAGUUAUACUGCAAGUGAUUCAGAUUCGGAUGAAUCGAAUGAUGAUUCUUAA